AAUUUUGAAAAAAGCCGCUUUUAGCUCAAAACGCAAAAGCACCGAUUAAUCGCUUCGGUUAUCCUUCUGAUUCGGGCAGGUAUUGGAUCUGGAGCUCUCUCUCUCUCUCUGAGUCGCUUCACCUCUGUUGCAGCAAAAGAUGGUUGAUAUGGAGAGAACAGAACUGAAGGAGUCAGAUUCAACAGAACUGGACAAUGGUAUCACCCCAGAUCGUUCUACUUCUAUGUGGCUGGUAGAAAAUCUUGAAGAGAUGGACCAAAGGAUUAAGCAAAUGAUGAAGCUGAUCAAAGAAGAUGGCGUUUCUUUGCCAAUGAAUGACAAAACGUUUUCUCAGAAGAAGCCUGAAUUGGUUGAGGAAUUUCACAGAAUGUAUCGAUCGCUGGCUGGAUGCUAUGAACACUUGACCAAAGAAGCGCAUAAGGGGUUUGGGGAUUCUGAAUAUGGUUUCGACCAACGCUCUCCUCUGCUGACUCCGGAUGCUAAACAUGGUCUGCAGAAAUCCGGCCAUCAAGUUGUUGGGUUAGAUAUAUCACCAAGCUCAGAUGGUUCUAGCCCAGCUCUUUCUUUAAAGAAUGGCAGUGAAUCAUCUUCCUCAUCAUCAUCGGGAUCCGAGUCAGAAUCUCUUAACUCCUUCGUCAGCAAUUACUUGGUUCCACCUCCGAACGAUGAUUUUGACAGCCAGGGAUGGCAGCAGAAGAUUACUGAGCUUGAAACCGAACUUUCUAGCUUGAGAGAGAAGCUCCAAAUGAGGGAGGCUGACCUUAAAAUGGAGAAAAUGCGGGUGUUUGAGCUGCAAAAUCAGAUAGUUGAGUUGAAGAGUCUGGCAUCAGACAGAGAAAAUGAGAUUGGGAGAUUGGUGGGAGACUUGGAAGUGACUAAAGAAAGGCUUAAGGGGUUGGACGAAGAGAUUGUAAAGUUGAAGGAUGAACAUGCCCAUAGAAUUUCCAAAGGCACUCAUCAAAUGCAAGGUCUGGAAGCCCAACUUGACUUGGAGAGAAAGCAUGUUUCGGAGCUGGAGGAGAGGAUAGUGAGGUUCAAUGCUGAUAUACACGGCCGUGAUCUUGAGGUGAUGCAGCUGAAGAGUGCAUUGCAUGAUGCACAGGAACAAUUCUCUCUUGAGAAAGCAAACCUGCAGGCUGACAUUUCAAGUUUUUCAGAGAAACAAAUCCUUUUGGAUACAAGAGUCGAAGAAUUGAGCUUCAGAAGCAAGAGUUUAGAAGACGAAAUAAGGCAAUGUGAAACGGAUAAGAUGGAAAUGGAAAGGCUGCAUGUUGUCCGCGAGAUGGCAUUGCAAGAUGAAAUAAGCCGCUUGAAAGUAGAACUUGCUGACAGAAAUGGACAUGUGGAAGCUGUAAAUAAAGACUUCGACAGGUUUAAACUGAAAUAUGAUAUGCUGAUGGCGGAGAAAGAUGAGCUCAAUGCUAGGACUCAAACUCUUAUGGCGAAUGUGAGUUCCCGCGACAAUCAGAUUCAGGAAAUGGCGGGACAUCUUAGUCUGUUACGAACAGAACACGAGGGUGUGAUUGUUGGAUCCGAAUGUGCACAUAGACUAGUAGAUGAGUUGAAAUCGAGAGUGGAGGAGUUGCAGCAAGAGGUGACAAGGCAGAGUGUUGUGAUCUCGGAUGGGGCUGAGGAGAAAAGAGAGGUGAUCCGGCAGCUUUGCUUCUCGCUGGAGCACUACAGGAGCGGAUACCAAGAGCUUCGUCAAGCAUUUACCGCGCACAGGCGGCGGGCGGUUGCAGCUGCGUAAACUCGGUUUCUUCUAUGGAAUGCUCUAGCUGCCAAAGGGGAGAUUUUGUCAUGCCAGCAUCGCUCAAUUUUGUGAGCUCCUACAAAACUUAUUUCACCUCACAUGGCCUCCAUAUGCACAAGUGACUUCAAAGUUCAAUCUGUUUGUUUGGUCGGUGUCAGAAACUAAACAAAAGGUAAACACAUGCGGACAUUUCAAUGAUUAUGUCGAGUGUAAGCUCUUGUUAAAAAAAAAAAAAAGAUUUUUUAGUGUGUUCGGAAUACGGAAGGAUACAAGUGGAGGAAACUUUUUUUUCAAAUGUUUUUUCAAUUGUAUAAAGACAUAGAGUAUUCUUCCGUGUUCUGAGCAUAUUGAAAAAUCUAUUCUAAAAAAGUAGGUAAAAGUUAGAGAGAUCUCAUGGGCCAAUCCAUUAUCCAAUGGGUCUUAAUUGGAUUCAUUACACAAUUUGAUCUCAUGAUAAAAGUCAUUCAUUCUUGAAGUACUUACUAUAAAUCUUCCUUACCCAUUGAACAAUUGAUCAAAUAUUUUAUUAAUAACAUUGUUUGUCUACUUGUGAUCAUAAUUAGAUUGUUAAUAUUUUUUUA